ACUGGAGAAACAGGAGUGACCGCAGAGGCAGAGGGUGGGCCGGCUGGCCCAUGGCUGAGGCCUCGCUCCCAGAACUCGGGGAAGAUGCCGAAGCCACGCCUUGCCCCAGCAUCCCGGAGUUGGAGGAGCUACUGAGAGAGGGGACGGUCUCUUCCACCCAUGUGGAUGAAGUUUGGCCCAACCUUUUCAUUGGAGAUGCGGCCACGGCAAAUAACCGCUUUGAGCUCUUCAAAUUGGGCAUCACCCACGUGUUGAACGCCGCCCACGGGGGCCUCUUCUGUCAGGGCAGCCCCGAAUUCUACGGCAGCAGCGUGAGCUACCUGGGGGUGCCGGCCCACGACCUCCCUGAUUUCGACAUCAGUGCCUACUUCUCCUCUGCAGCCGACUUCAUCCACUGUGCCCUCUGCACACCUGGGGAACUGGUCUUUACUUCCUGCCAUGGGACUCUGCCACCUUGCUACCCUGACACUGGCCCUGCUGGUGCUGCCAGAGGCUCUAACCCAGGUGGCUGCCCAGAAGAUGACAAGAGUCCAGCAUGGGGUCCACCCAAGAGCCUGCUCCUCCAUCUCCUUCAUCCUGGUGUCUGCACCUCCUGUCAGCCACUGUCUUCAGUCCCCACAGAAACAGCAUCAAGUGUACAGAGACAGGCAGCUGGAAGCCGACAGCACAUACUGCCUAUCAGGGAAGAUCACAGCCUGGGCCAGACACCUCCACAGAAUGGACUCGCUACAGAAGCAGGACCUCCGGAGGCCUAAGAUCCAUGGGGCACUCCGGGUGUCGCCCUACCAGCCGCCCACACUGGCUUCGCUGCAGCGCUUGCUAUGGGUCCAUCGGGCUCCCAUGCUGAACCACGUCGAUGAGGUCUGGCCCAACCUCUUCCUGGGAGAUGCGUACGCAGCCCGGGACAAGAGCAAGCUGGCUCAGCUGGGCAUCACCCAUGUUAUAAAUGCUGCUGCAGGCAAGUUUCAAGUGGACACAGGUGCCAAAUUUUACCGAGGAAUGCCCUUGGAGUACUAUGGCAUUGAGGCUGAUGACAACCCCUUCUUUGACCUCAGCGUCUACUUUCUGCCUGUUGCUCGGUACAUCCGAACUGCUCUCAGUGUUUCCCAAGGCCGCGUCCUGCUACACUGUGCCAUGGGGGUAAGCCGCUCUGCUACGCUCGUCCUGGCCUUCCUGAUGAUCUGCGAGAACAUGACACUGGUAGAGGCCAUCCAGACGGUGCAAGCCCACCGCGAUAUUUGCCCCAACUCGGGCUUUCUCCGACAGCUCCAGGUUCUGGACAACCGACUGGGGCGGGAGAUGGGGCGGCUCUGACCUGGCAGGCACCCAGGAGCCCUGACCCUCCAUCCAGCAUGGCCCAACUGAUCAGCCUGGACCUGGGGACAGCAGCUUCUGCUGUUCCCUGUGACCCUGAGAUGUAAACAGCAAGUGGAGACUUAGCUGAGGCAAAGGCAGGGAUGGCUGGGUGGUAACCUUUAGCAGGUGAAUUUCCCUGACCCAAUCCAGAGAUUCUUUAUGCAAAAGAAAGUUCAGUCUGUCUCUAUAAUAAAAGGUUCAUCAUACUAAAGACA